GGCAUUCGAGGGUUAUCGUAAAUGGUAAAAGCAAAGUUGGAAGUUUCCCCACACAAAGUCAAAUGCUCAAAGACAGAGACUGUGAGUGCAAAAGGACUCAAAUCAUCAAACCAUCCGUCAUUUCAUCUAAACCUUCCACCACCACCACCCCGUCCCCCACCACCACAUCCCUCGACAAGGUUUUAGGUAUUUUAUCAAACCUGCAACGUACACAAACAGAUAUACAAACCAAAAGCCAAAAGGGCGAUCGAUCGAGCCUAUAGAAGAAGAGGGAAAUAUAUAUAUUUACACAUGUGCACCGGUAUUUAUUUUUGUUGAUCAUUUUAAAAACAAAAACAAUACGAGCCCUAGAAUGUCGUGCUGGGUUUAGGAAUGUUGUGCUUGUAUGGUGUGUUUGAGUGUGUGCGGGGUGGAGGGAGUUAAUAGACCACAGAAUCCCAAUGCCCGUGUCCGAACCUUUGCGCCUCUAUCUCCUUGGAACCUCUUUAACACAUACAUAGAUUGCUCCAUCAAAUAAUAAUAAGCCCCUUCAUUUAUAUGUAUUUCCUUUUUCUUAUAGAUUAAGUCAAGAACAGCUAACAUCCAGGAUUCAGAAUUCAUCGGCUGUGCUGUGCAUCUCAUAUGGCGGCAAAAGCUUUUCCUUUGGUGGGUGAGGCUGAUAACUAUGCCAAUGGUUGUGGCAACUGCGCCGGUGAAACUCCAGUACCAAGCGAUCAUCUUCAUCCUAACCUCUCCAACGUUCUCACCAUAAUUAAUCCAUUGCAUUCUCCUCAAGCCCAAGGCAGCAAGAUCGUUAGAAAGAGGGCAGCGUCGGAGAUGGAAACCCAAAGUAUAGCCGGCAACGGCGCCAGAUUUCCUCGCCGAACAGCCACGCCACACGGCGAUUAUGCGAUUUGUUCCGUGGUUACUCCUCCUCCUCCUCCCAAUCCAACACCACAACAUUCAACCCAAGUUCCCAACUACUCCACUAUGACGAUGAUGCUGCCAUCUUCAACGAAUUUCAAUUUAAUAAUGACGUCGUCCAAGUCCGGAUCUGGUUCAGACACUGCCCCUGCCUUUUCUACUUCUUACACCUCCACGGCCGCCGCCCCCGCCAUAACUAAUUACAUGGACUCCACUUCCUCAUCCUUAUCGUCUCAAUCUCACCAGGCGUCCUCCAGUGCCCCCCCUUCUGUAUGUGUUUUCUCCGGCUUGCCGUUAUUCCCUCCUGAAAGAAACCGAGGUGCAACGGGCUUGCAGCUCUCUCCUGCUACCGGCUGCUCCAGUUUAGGCACGGAGGACACCACAGCAUGGAUCGACGCCAUCAUAAAAGAUCUCAUCAACAGCUCCAACCAAGUUUCCGUUCCCCAACUCAUCCUUAACGUACGAGAGAUCAUCCACCCUUGCAACCCAAAUCUCGCUGCUCUCCUGGAAUAUAGGCUCCGCUCUCUUACCGCACCUGCUGAUGACAGGAGGAGAAAGGAAGCGCUGCCACCACCGCCGAGUUUUCACAGCAAUUCCGGGCUCCGAUUACAUCUGCAGGCCGACAACAGCUUAUUGCUCCCUCAGGGCAUUACUGUGGAGUCUCUGAACCACUGGCCUUCCCCUACUGCUGGGAAUACCAACUAUCUUCAAAACAAUAACCUUAGCACAUUAAGCCCAACGUCGACAGCUUCUCUCUCUUUCACCGCGCCGUCGACAGUCCUUUCAAACUCUGACCAAGCUGUGACCCUUGUUUCUCAGCCGGAAGCCACGCAGCCGCAAGAGCAGCAGCAGAAGAGCCCAUCAACAGAACCAACCACAACAGCGACGAGAACAACGUCUCCGUCAACCACUCCCGCGCUGGAAACGAUAAGGGAAAGAAAACAGGAAAUGCAACAGCAGCAGAAAGACGAAGAAGGCCUACACCUCUUAACUUUACUCUUACAGUGUGCAGAGGCAGUAUCAGCUGACAAUUUGGAAGAGGCUAACAGGAUGCUUUUGGAAAUCUCCCAACUCGCGACGCCGUUUGGGACAUCUGCCCAGCGUGUCGCCGCCUACUUCUCAGAGGCAAUGUCUGCUAGAAUAGUGAGUUCCUGCUUGGGAAUAUAUGCGGCACUGCCGACAGUACCUCAUAGCCCGAAGAUGGCAUCCGCCUUUCAAGUCUUCAACGGGAUCAGUCCCUUCGUCAAGUUCUCGCAUUUCACAGCUAACCAGGCCAUUCAAGAAGCAUUCGAGAGGGAAGAUAGGGUGCACAUAAUAGAUCUCGACAUAAUGCAAGGCCUACAGUGGCCGGGGCUAUUUCACAUACUGGCAUCUCGGCCUGGUGGGGCUCCGUUCGUUCGCCUUACUGGUUUGGGCAAUUCCAGGGAGGCCCUCGAAGCCACUGGCAAGCGCCUGUCAGAUUUUGCCGAGAAAUUGGGACUACCAUUUGAGUUUUCCCCUGUUGCUGAAAAAGUUGGCAACUUAAAUCCAGAAAGGUUGAACGUGAGCAAGAGGGAGGCUGUUGCUGUUCACUGGUUGCAGCAUUCUCUCUACGAUGUCACUGGUUCAGACACAAAUACGCUCUGGCUCUUGCAAAGAUUAUGUCCUAAAGUGGUGACUGUCGUAGAGCAAGACUUGAGCCAUGCAGGUUCAUUCUUGGGAAGAUUUGUGGAAGCAAUUCAUUAUUACUCGGCCUUGUUUGACUCUCUAGGAGCUUGCUAUGGGGAAGAGAGCGAGGAAAGACAUGUGGUGGAGCAGCAGUUAUUGUCAAGGGAGAUAAGGAACGUGUUGGGGGUUGGGGGUCCAUCGAGAAGUGGUGAGGUGAAGUUCAACAACUGGAGAGAGAAGCUUCAGCAAUCUGGGUUCAAAGGUAUAUCUCUGGCUGGCAACGCUGCUGCGCAAGCUACUCUCCUGCUCGGAAUGUUCCCAUCUGAUGGUUACACUUUGGUGGAGGAUAAUGGCGCCCUCAAGCUUGGCUGGAAGGAUCUCUGCUUGCUCACUGCUUCAGCAUGGAGGCCUUCCUUGCCGGCUGCUACUGCCUCCCGUCACUUUCAGUCCUCCAUCCAGUAGCUUCACACCUCCUGCAUUUACUCUGGCUUUAACAUGUUGAAAUGUCUUAAUUUCUCUGCAAAUGCUCAAAUAUCUGAAACACGAAAUUAUGUAGUAUUUUGUCUACUCUUGUCAAGACAGAUUACAUA